GCCUGGCGAGCGCCCGGCACAUGCCGAGGCGCGGGCGAGCGAUAGAACGAGCGGUCCCGCCAGGCUUUGUGCGAGGUCGGCGCUUGCGCAUUGCGGAGCGCCUUUCCCGGCGCUCUGCCCGACGCCGCCUCUGUGAGGCGCGAAGAACUUCAGUCAGUGUGUGAGACAGAACCUGGCCGAGUGUAGGAGGUCCGUGGUCUCAGGCUGUUUGGAAGCAAUGGGUUUAAGACCCUUCACCUACCCAUUUCCAGAAACGAGGUUUCUUCAUGCAGGACCCAAUGUAUAUAAAUUCAAAAUCAGAUAUGGCAACAGCAACAGAGAGGAAGAGAUAGAAAAUAAAGAAGUCAUCAUCCAGGAGCUGGAGGAUUCUAUUCGUGUGGUCUUAGGAAAUGUGGACGAUCUGCAGCCAUUUGCUACAGAACACUUCAUUGUGUUUCCCUAUAAAAGCAAAUGGGAAAGAGUGUCCCACCUGAAAUUCAAACAUGGGGAAAUCGUCUUGGUCCCCUAUCCAUUUGUUUUCACUUUAUACGUGGAGAUGAAAUGGUAUCAUGAAAACCUGUCACCUGGGAAACCAAUAAAUGACAGUCCUCUUGGGAUGAGCCUACCGGACAGGGAAGCCACAGGAGGCGUGAUGAGGAAGCGAAAAUGCAUGCAAGUGCCCAGCGCCCCCAGCAGGCCAGGCCUGGACAGGGCCGAGAUUGGUACUUCCAGCCAAAGCCCCAGCAAAAAGAAGCCCCCUGUGGAAACCAGGAAGAACAGGGAAAGAAAAACCCGGCAGGAAUGGCAGGAGACUCCAGCGUUUGAUGUCACUGAUGUCCAGGAACAGGAUUCUAAGUGGAGGGACAGCCCGGCAGGGCAGCCUGUCCUACCCUCGCCGCAGAACAAUCCACCUCCACCUACAGGACCCACAGAGCCGGGGUCCAGCGGCUUCUUCGGGUUUCUCAGCUCUCUCUUCCCGUUUCGGUAUUUCUUCAGGAAGAGCAGCCAGUGAGCGUUCCGAAUACAGUGGUGGGAUGUGUCUACUCCCCCUCCAUCCUCUGCUUGUGACAUUCUGGUCUCGGGAAAUGAGGGCCCCAAACUCCCUGAGUCCUCUUGUGGGUUUAUCCUAUCCUUUGCCUCUUUACAAUGGAAGAGUUUGUUUUGUUUUAAAUUUAAAGUACUAAGAAAAGGAUGGGACUUUCUAAAAUGCUUUAGUCUGAGGGCCAGUUUAGGUCUUUGAUCUCUAGCACUUAGGAUCCUAAUGACAAUAAACUAUUUAUAAAGGGUUAUUGACUGAAUUUAGUGAAGUAGAGUGAGAGAAUGCAGACUCUUGCCUCAAGAUACAGGGAAGCAAUUCUUGGAAUCUCCCCUGGGUCUACCUGGUUAUUGGCAGGAUGCUUUGGGUUGGCGAGGUCUGAACCUUACCUCAAACCUUAAACUCCCCUGAGCGAGGCAACGGAAUGGGGUCUUGCAAGACUCAUUAUCUGAGCCUUGCUGACCCUCAAGAAAUCAUGUCUCCCUAAUUCACCCAGUUUGGGACCCAGCCUCUCAGUAGACAAACACUUCCCACCUGCCUGUACCUGUGGCUUCUGACGGUAAUGCAGAUUAGUUUAUUGGAUUAAGUGGACACCAGUCUAGGUUAGGGCUCCUGGAGAAGACCAGGUCACCUAAGACCUGAGAUCUGUCUUCAUGUCACUUAAAGCUGAUCUGGGACAGGUGAUCAAAAUAACAGAAGGGAUUUAGGGAA